UCUCCAUAGCAACCUGAAGCGUUCAGGAAACAAAUUGUAAAACAUGUUCUUCUCACCGAACAAUAGCAGACAGGGUAAACUUUUAUUUAGUUUAUCAUGAGCUCAACAACGAGGAGUAAAUCUCAUGUUUCGGUACUGACGUCAGCGAUAAAUCCACUUGCAAACCCACGAGGAGCGAAAAAGCUUUGUGAGCUUUGUCAAAACCUUGCUUACCUGCAAUGCACCAAAUGUCGAGUAACUUUCUACUGUGACACGGAACACCAGCAGGCUGACUGGGUAGGAAUCCAUGAGAAGAUCUGCCAGCUGCUCAUCCCCAUCCGCACCGCAAUGCCCUUCCACAGCCUGCAGGCGGACAGAGACCACCACCGCGCCCAGAUACUGCACAGACAAGAGGAGCUGAUUGAGAUCUCCAGGGCUGUGGCUCAGAAGAAGCUGUUCGAGGGGAAGUAUCAGGAGUCACUGCCUGCCGCCCAGCUCUCCCUGCGCUGUGCUAUGGAUGUCUACGGCCCCAGUGCUGUCCAGCUGGUCCCUGCAUACCUCCUGCUGGCGGAGGCAAAUGUGGGUCUGGGCAGUCUGUCCCAGGCAGAGGGGUACCUGUCUCAGGCAGAGUGGACGGUGAUGAAGACGCCCGAGUGUAGCCACACCGUCCGCCACCAGCUGCACCGCAACCUGGGUCGCCUCUACACCGCCACGGAAAACCUGGAGGGAGCGCUAUUGCACUUUGCCAACGACGUGUACUAUGCCAGUGAGGAGUAUGGCUUGGAUAACAUUGUCACUUGUGGUGGCUACUUUCUGAUGGCCAAUGUCUUUAUCAAGCAAGAAAAGAUGGAUAUUGCCAGUUCCUUAUACACUGAGGUAGCAAGUACAUGGCACUCUCACCUCACCAAACUUUUGGAGACGCAUACUCCAGGAUCCAUGACGCUGGAGCACUCUUUUGAUGAAGCUCAGCAGGCGGAAGCAGACCAGAUGCUAAGGGCCAUGCUGAAGGUUCAGGAGAGUAGCCCCAAGCAGGCUACGGCCCAGAACACCCUCGUGGCCCACUCUCUGGCCAUGCUGUGGUUCCUGGGAGGAUCCCCAGACAAGGCACUGGAGUUUGGCAGGAAGGCCCUGCAGUCCAGCCAGCUGGUCCCAGACCAUAGCCUAACAGAGCCCAUCCAGGGCCUGCUGCAGCUGGCAGCAGAGAGAGGCCCACACCUUACCAUCGCAAGCUGACUGCCCGCCCGCCUGACCGCCGGUCUUCUUGACUGCCUGUCCAUCCACCAGCCGGCUACCUCAGCACAACACAAAAGAAGCACACUCUAUACAUGAAAAAAUGGGCCAUAGUAGAAUCAUUACAGAAUAAAAGAUGUUGUGACUUUCCA